AUGGCCAAAGGCAAGAAAGACAAGACCGAGAACACGAACGAUGGGAACUCACAAGCAGGCGAUGAUGCUGUCUCGAUAACAGACGACGUCCGUGGUGCAGAAUAUUAUCACGGACUCAUUCCUCGAAUGGACGCGGAACCGUUACUAAAAAGAGAAGGAGACUUCUUAUUACGGAAGACCGAACACUCACCCGGUAGGAAGAACGACGCUUCACUCAUCCAGACUAGUUCCACAACUCCUUCCCCAAUAGAUGCCAAGCUCAGACGAAUAUUGCGCACUUACCCGAAGGCAGUAUUCAAGUAG